AUGGCCGGAUUGAAGCCAAUCACCACUUACGUCCACGAGGGCGGACCUAAUCCUUACAAAGUCAUCAUUGUUCUGGAGGAAUUGGGAAUUCCCUACGAAGCCGUGGUUGUGAAAGACCCCAAGGAGCCAUGGUUCACUGCUAUCAACCCCAAUGGUCGCUUGCCUGCAAUUGUCGAUCCCAACAAUGGCAUCACUCUCUGGGAGUCUGGUGCCAUCGUCGAGUACCUCGUCGAGACCUAUGACAAGGAGGGAAAACUUAAUGUGGAGGAUGUCGCUGGAAAAUGGCAUCUCAAGCAGUACUUGCACUUUCAAAUGUCCGGCCAAGGUCCGUACUAUGGGCAAUCAAUGUGGUUUCACAAAGCCCCUGAAGAUAUUCCUCUAGCCAAGAACCGAUACAACGAACAGAUUGUUCGUGUCAUCGAAGUGCUUGAAAACAUACUAAAGGACAAGAACUACCUCGUCAAUAACAAGCUCACGUACGCCGAUCUCUCUUUUGUACCAUGGAACAGGGUGAUUCAGGGACAUCCCGUCUUGAAGACCGUGGUCUGGGAGGCAUAUGAAAUUGAGAAGAAAUAUCCCAACUUUGUGGCUUGGCAUCAGCGCCUCGUCGGUCGUACGUCGGUCGAAAAGGCUUACAAGGCAUGGUAG